CCUGCGCCGGGCGGGUACAGUCUGCAUCGCACGCGGCCGGAGCCAUGGCUGACGGCGGCCGGCCGCCGCAGGCCCGGGCGCUCCUGCAGCAGUGCCUGCACGCCCGGCUGCAAGUGCGCCCCGCCGAGGCGGACUCCGCGGCCCAGUGGGUGGAGAUUCAGAGAGGAUUAGUGAUCUACGUGUGCUUUUUCAAGGGAGCUGAUAAAGAACUUCUUCCAAAAAUGGUGAAUACUCUAUUAAAUGUGAAAUUAAGUGAAACCGAAAAUGGCAAGCUCGUCUCCAUAUUGGAUCUACCUGGCAACAUUCUUAUCAUUCCUCAGGCCACCCUUGGGGGGAAAGUGAAAGGAAGAAGCAUGCAGUACCACUCUAACUCUGGGAAAGAAGAAGGGUUAGAACUCUAUUCCCAAUUUGUGCUUCUCUGUGAAAAGGAAUUGGCAGCGAACAGCAAGUGUGCCGAAGCUGGGGUGGUGGUGGAACAUGGCACUUAUGGGAACAGGCAGGUGCUAAAGCUGGAUACCAAUGGACCAUACACACACCUGAUUGAGUUUUGAGAAAUUAAAACUCUCUACAGAUGUUUCCUGGUGUGAGGUGAUCUGGACUAUAAUUAGAUUCCCCCUGUCCCCCUUCUUCUUGAAUAUGAUAAUCUGAAGCAUUUUUAGACAAGAAAAUCCGGGUCCCAUCCAUAACUCUGCAACUUGCUAAUUGAAUGAUCCUGCCAAUCCCUUGUACUCAGGAUCUCAGUCACCUUUCAUUCUGCUUUCCCUACACUUUGACUUGAGACUUUGAGAAAUGCUUUCUAUUCACUUUAUGGUCACUGUGGAAAUGUUCUAGGCUGUAUGUUUUGCAAACGAAGAAUUUUGUGCAAUCAAGAAAAAUGUAUUUCUUACGCCCUCAAAUUUAUGUAGUAUGUAAUAAAAAUAACUGUUAAAAUUAGUUAAAAUCCAGCACAAA